GGUCGACCCGGAAGCAGUAGCCGCGGUGGGGCACACGUGUUUUCCUGCAGCAUGGACAGUAGUUGCUGUGAGGAGAUGUCUGUAGAGAUGGUGGAGCUCUCCGUGAAAACACCGGAGCCGGUCCGGCCGGCCGGGGUCCUGCAGCAGAACCGGGUCUUCCUCGACUUCUUCUGGGACUUAGCCAAACCGGACCAGGAGGUCCGGCUGAAGGCGGUGGGAGACCUCAUCCAGUACCUGAAGACCAACAACAAGGCAGAUGAGUUGGACUACACCUUUAAAAGGCUGGUGGAUGGACUGGCUCACACACGAGAGGCUGCCAGGCCUGGAUUCAGCCUGGCUCUGGGACAGGUGUUGAGCGCCUUUGAAGACGUUCCUCUGCAGAAAUUACUCGACAGAAUCAAAGAAAAGCACAAUUUGCAGACGGUGAAAAAGAAACUUUUCAGAAAUGCCAUGUUUGGGAACUUGUUUGGCGUCCUCGCCCUUCAGCAGUCCAGCCGCCUCCCUAAAGAGCCGCAGGUGGUGUUGGGAUGUGUGAAGCUCCUGCAGAAUCUCAGCCAGCGCAAACAGCACCUGAAGGACCUGCCCACCAAGACCAUGAUGGACAUCCUCAAUGAGAUCCCAGAGGACGUGUUUGAGGAGGUCCUGCUGAGCGCUCUGCAAACUGACCUGGCAUCAGCCUUCAGCACCCCGGAGCAGCUGCAGCUGCUGCUGGUCGCUCUGCAGCGCUUCCCACAAACACUCAAACCCAAGAAGCUCAAGAAGCUGCUGGGCUCCUCCACCAUCAUCAACGCAGACAACAUCCCCAAGUUGACCGAGGUGUUGAAGAUGUCCGCCCGCUCGGUGAAGAAGGAGUGUGUCCUCCCUGCGGUGGUCCUGGACCUCCUGAAGCUGUCUCUGAAGGAAGACAGCUUCCAGCUCUUCUGGAACACCGCCAUCGUCAACGGCAUGUUAAAGGAGCAGCCGGGGCCAGCUCACUACCUGAGCUUCCGUCUGCUGGGCAGCGCUCUGCCUCUGCUGUCUGCAGCCCAGCUGAAGGAGGUGUUGUCUGGAGAGGUGAUGAUGCAGUACGGCGAGCACGUGGUGUCCGCGCAGAAACCGGACCGCUUCAAGCUGGCCCCGGAGAUGGACGUCUACGUGUCGGACUUCUUGGAGGUCUGUCAGGACGCCGACAAGCAGCUCGCGGUGAUGGUGGGCUUCUCCUCGCUGACCAACCAGGGCUACCCCGUGGUGCCGUCGGUGUGGAGGGUGGUGCAGCACCUUCAGCCUGCAGCCGUGCAGCACUACGUGGACUGGCUGAAGAACACGUUCCUGCAGCCGCAGCCGGACAAGCUGCUGGACUUCAGCACUCGCAAGCAGAAGGACAGUCAGGAAGCGAAGGAGCAGAAGGAGAACUCCAUAUUCCGCCUGAGGAAGUGGAUCGUGUCUCGCCUCUGCUCGAUCAUCGACAACCAUCUUGUGAAGAAGUCGGAGGAUCUCAUCAUGGACGUGGCCAGGUUUGUCUUCUUCCACGCGUUCUUCAGUACCAAGAAGGCCUCGGCCGACAUCCCGGAGACUACGAGGAAGCUGUCGGUCCCGCUGGAUGAUAGAACCAGAGGAGUGCUCGUCAACUCUUUCUUUGGACUCCUCCUGUCCAUGCACCACCUGCCUCUGGCCGAGGACUCGGGCGAAGGUGCAGCAGUCAACCAGAAGCGUGCGCUGGGCGUCACCGCAGACGGCACCAUGUGGAUCGACCACCUGGUGCAGUACGCACAGGUCCUGCUUAACCAGCCGAAACACGCCCAGAGCAGCAAGCCCGUCAGCCCUGAGCAGAGACAGGCCUGGGACAGCAUGCUGGAGUCGGUGGCCAACCUGAAGAAGAAAGCAAAGAAAGGCCCGACUGCAGAGAGCGGCGCCUUCCAGCAGCUCUUCCUGUUGGUCGGCAUGCACCUCUUCAAGGCCCCCGAAGAGCUGCUGGACAUCAUGAAGGACCUGCAGAGCUGCGUGGACAAAGCUCAGGAGAAGAAGGCCAAGAAGAAGAAGAAGAAACAAGCCACGGAGCAGGAGCAGGAGGAGCCGGAGUGGGUGGAGGUGAUGGUGGACAUCUUGUUGUCCCUGCUGUCUCAGCCGAGCCGACAUAUCAGACAGGUCUGCAGAACGGUCUUCACCUCCAUCUGCCCCCACGUUACUGCAGCGGCUCUAACCGCCAUCUUAGAUGUUCUGGACCCAGAGAAGGAUGACGAGGAGGACGGUGCUGUGGUGGUCACUGACGACAACAAGACCCAGAAGAAGAAGCCAAAUGAGGAAGAGGAAGACGAAGAGAUGGAGGAUGACGAGUCUGAUGCAUCAGGUGACGACUCGGAUGACGGUGAAGAUGAUGAAGCAAUGGAGGAGGACGACGAUGACGACGACGAGGACGAUGAAGAGGAGAUAGAAGAGGUAGCGGUGGACCAAAACUUCCGUGUGGAGCUGAUGAAGGUCCUGCAGCAGCAGAAUGCUCUGGCCACGGAGGAGGACGGCAGCAGUGAUGAAGAUCUGGACGAUGCCUCCAUGAUGGAGCUGGACAAGGGGCUGGCGGCGCUGUUCUCAGAGCAGAAGAAAAAGGCCCAGGCCAAGAAGGAUGAAAAGACGAAAAUACAGAAAGAGAAGACGCUGGUCCGAGACUUUAAGAUCAAGGUGUUGGACCUGGUCGAGGUGUUCGUGGCCCGGCAGGCUGGCAGUCCUCUGGUUCUGGGUUUGGUGGAGCCUCUGCUCACCAUCAUCGACAGAGGAAUGAGCUCCGGCAGCGACCAGCAGGAGCAGGACUUCCUCCGCCGAGCUGCAGACAUCUUCAGGAACCAGCUGUGCAGGUCGAAGGUUUACUGCAGGACCGCCGGGGACAGACAGGGGGAGCUCCACGACCUGCUGGACAAACUGAUGACUAAAAGCCAGAAACUGUCCGACUCCUCCGUCUGCCUUUACUACUUCAGUGCAUCUCUGUACGUGGUGAAAGUGCUGCGAGGAGCUCCACCUGCGGACGCCAAAGAGGAGCCGACGGCUGACGGAGCUGCAGCUGACUUGAGGUUCAUGGGCAACUUGGACGUGGACCGAGUCUCCACCAUCUUCACAGAGGCUCUGAACUCCUUCAUGGGCCGGAGGAAGAGUCCGCUGACCGCUCAGAUGUUCACGGACUUGUUCACCAGAUUCCCUGGUUUGUGUGUGAAGCUGUUGGACGCCGCCGUGCUGCACAUCAAAUCUGGAGUCAGAAUACACCAACAGGGCCAAGCCUGUGUGCUGGUGUUGCGUGCGAUGCAGAGCAGGGAGGUUCAGCAGCUGCUGAGCGGCGCUCCAUGGACGGAGCUGUGUGUGAAGGUCUCGGGUCAGCUGGCAGCGAGUCUGCAGCAGGUCGGUGACACGGAGAGCAAGGUGGUGAAGGAGAAGGUGGUGAAAACGCUGGAGCUCUGUCAGUUCCUGGUGAAGCACGUCCACCAGCAGAAGCUGUCUGUGGACCUGGAGCCGCUUCAGACCGUCCUAAAGUCCCUGACCAGCGUCAUCGAGUUCAAGAAGACCGGCAAGCUGGAGGACACCUACUGGGCCGUGGUGAAGCACUUUGGAGUCGUGAAACCCAAAGUUGAAAAGAAGAAGCCCGAGAACAAGCCCGACGAACAGCAGCUUCUGAAGAAGAAGAAGAAAGGUUUUCUGCCUGAAACAAAGAAGCGUAAAAAGCGCGACAUUCCUAUCUUAGAGCCGGCGGCGGCAGCGGCGGCGGCGGCAGCGGCGGCGGCAGCAGCUGCGGGGCACACGACCUUCAGAGGCAAACCGAGAGCAGACAAAGGACAAGCCACAAAGAAACAUGACAAGAAAACAAAACAGAAACGACCGGCUGAUGGCGUGACGGCUUCUCAGCUCAACCCGGCCAAGAAGAGCAAGACGACGCAGUCUGAGAGCAACACGGACAAGAAGAAGAAGAAGAAACAGAAGAAAGCGUAAAUUUAAAUGUUUCCUUUUAAAGAAGCUGUGCUUUCGUCUGUCCGUCUGUUCCUGCCGUCGUCACUCGGCUUCACACAUGUUGUGUUUCAGUAUGAGAUGUUAUACAUAUUGUAAACUUUACAUGUGUGGGAAUGAAAGACGGGUUAUUUUUCUAACGUGUGACCGUCACGACUCUGCUCCCACUUCACAAGUUAUUGUAUCUUUGUUGAGCAACAUUCAUGAGACGCAUUUGUGAAAUGUAAACAAUUAAAAGAGCCUUUUAUUACCCUGUGCUACAUGACCGGAUUUAAAACUGUUGUGAUUGAUCCGAAGUAAAGUGCAUUUCAGAUGUU